AUGUUCAGAAGCGCACGCACCGUCGACACCAGCACCACCGCCGAUAAGCAGCGACCAGCAUCAGCACCAAUCGUACCGGCAUUCGCAUCAGCAUCGGCAGACGUCACCCCUCCAACUCGCAUCAGGCUUCUGUCCAAGCGCCAAGUCGUCCACCCAGCCAUUGGCAUCCCGACCUACAUCGACAGACGCUGGGCAUCCACGUUCCUUGCCACACCUACAUGGCUUCACCGCGGCGUACUUUCUACUGCCUGCAUGCCUGCCAGCUCGUCCUGCUUCUCGUCUCCAGCACACGUCCAUUCGAAGGUCCGAUACGCUUUCGAUGACUCCAAGCUCGUGGAGAAGACCGCCAAGUCGCGCGGCGAGUACCUCCGUGUUCACUUCAAGAACACCCGCGAGACCGCUGCCGCCGUCAACGGCCUGAAGCUCCAGAAGGCUUACGCCUACCUCGGCAACGUCGUCGAGAAGAAGCAGUGCAUCCCCUUCCGCCGCUUCAACGGCGGUGUCGGCCGCACCCAGCAGGCUAAGGAGUUCAAGACCACCCAGGUGGUCUGGGACUGUUCAGCGAUGGCGGACAGUCGUCGAUGGCCCGUCAAGUCGGUCAAGUUCCUCCUUGCUCUGCUCAAGAACGCCGAGUCGAACGCCGAGGCCAAGGGCCUUGACACUGAGGAGCUCGUCAUCCGCAACAUUGUCAUCCAGCAGGCUCCCAAGACGCGCCGCCGCACGUACCGUGCUCACGGUCGUAUCAACCCUUACGAGGGCCACCCCAUCCACGCCGAGAUCCUCCUCGCCGAGCCCGCCGCCCAGGUCCCCAAGGCUGCCUCGUCUGACCUGACUGUGCGCCUCAACAAGCGCCAGCUCGCCCAGAAGCGCAUCACCGCCGCCCGUGCCACCAAGGCCUAA